GUUACUAAAAUUUAAUUAAAUGGAACAUGAGAAAUAAGUCUUUAAAUUUCUUCUGAAUUAAACAAGAAAAUUCACAAGCGUAAUUAAAAAAUAUUGCUACAUUUUUCGAUGCUAAAAAUGAUCAAAAUUCUGUGCUCGUGGUUGUUGCUUGUUGGUCCAAACUCAUUGUCAGCAGAAUUGGAUUGGUGGGAAACUUCUGUAAUUUACCAAGUAUUCCCUUGGUCAUUCAAGGACUCGAAUGGAGACGGCAUUGGUGAUUUGAACGGAAUAUACGAGAAACUAGACUACAUUAAAGAUUUAGGGGUUGACGUUGUGUGGAUCCAGCCGGUUUAUAGAUCUCCGAUGAUUGACAUGGGCUACGAUCCUAUUUCCAUGCGAGAAAUUGACCCGAUUUUUGGGACGUUGGACGAUAUGAAAAGACUGAUUCAAGGAGCGCACGAAAGGAACUUAAAGGUAUUGAUGGAUUUUGUGCCAAAUCACACGAGCAACGAGAGUGAGUGGUUUAAACGCUCCGUGGAGCGAGAAGAACCUUACACGGAUUACUUUAUUUGGCACGAUGGCAGACCCGUCAAUAACACCCACAGAGUUGAACCAAAUAAUUGGAUAAGUCAAUUUACCGAUCACAGUGCAUGGACUUGGAACGAAAAACGGCAGCAGUACUAUUUUCACCAUUUUAGCGAAGAGCAACCUGAUUUGAACUUACGUAAUCCAAAAGUUCAAGGAGAAUUGGAGAGCCUGCUCAGAUUUUGGUUGGACCUGGGGGCGGAUGGUUUCCGUGUUGAUGCGGUUCCGUAUUUCUUCGAAGCGGCUCAUUUGCGAGAUGAACCGGAGAUCAAUGAUACUGACAUUUCGAGUAACUUUUAUAAAAGAUUGCAUAUAUACACCAUGCGUCAACCAGAAAAUCUUCAAAUUUUGCAGUCAUGGCGAGAGUUCUUGGACUCGUACAAAAAAAAAGAUGGUAUAACCAGACUUUUAGCCGUUGAGGAUACUGGACCGAUGGAAGGUAUAAUCCCAUUAUUUGGAAAUGAAUCUCAUCCGGCGGCCCACUUUCCUUUUAACUAUGGCCUACUCUACCUUGACUACACAAUGAAUGUGACCGUGUUGGAUAAAACAAUUCAUGAUUUGGUCGAUCAACUACCAAUCAAUCGUUUACCCAACUGGAUGACGGAAUCCCACGAUCUUUGGCGGAUUAGCUCACGUUUCGGAACUGACGCUGUGGAUUCCUUUAACAUGUUAAAUCUGCUUCUUCCGGGUUCUGCGUGUGUUUAUUACGGCAGUGAGAUAGGACUCGAGGAGAGUAUGGUCAGGAGGGAUCAAAGCACGAAAAAUACCGCAUUCGCAGUACUGCCUCUCAACCGAGACAUAAUCAGAGGACCCAUGCCUUGGGACGAUACUAAAAAUGGAGGUUUCACAACAGCUAAAAAGCCGUGGCUGCCUCUAAGUUCAAGAUACUGGCUAGAAAAUGUGAAAAAACAAGUGCAGGAGCCGAGAAGUCAUUUGAACAUCUUCAAACGGCUUGCGGCAUUAAGGAAAACGCCCAUUGGAAGAUAUGGAGACCUGAAGACGCAUGUAGUUAAUACAUGGACGUACCUGUUCACGAGGAGUGCCAACAAUCAUACCAUUGCUGUUGUAAUUAACCUUGGGUCAGAAUCGGAGAAGAUUUGUUCUGAAGAUUCCAACUUUGGUCUACCUGAAAUAAUGUUCGUUCACACUGGAAGUUUAAAUUCUGGCUUUGAGGCAGGGGAAAAAAUCAGAGUUGUGAACUCAAAGGUGCAAUCUUGCGCGGAACUAAGGCCAAAAGCUGGACUAGUGAUGACAACUUACAGAAGCAAUGGCAUAGUAUGGAGUUUAGCUCUAUGGCAUCUCCUCCUUGGAAUUGGAGUGAGCAUCCUCUGGCAAUCAGGAAUCUACUAAUUCAUCUUUAACAGUUAACACUCAUCUCUACGUCGGCGUCGGCGGUCGGCAUGAAACGCAUAGCGCCUACAAGACUGCAUGAAUACUUCACGCAUUGCGCCCAACGUAGUGCGGUCUUGGAGCGGCGCGGCGGCGGAAGUUAAAA